UUCGCAGUAAUCUGUGCAAAGGAGCAUCUGCGAUGUUUGGAAAUGAAAAAUAAAACAAAAUUGUUGCGACCGCACGUUUUGGAUUUUGACGCUAAUAGCGAUGAGAGAUAAUAUAGAUGUCAUAAAAAAUGCCGUAGAAGCUAGAAACUUGCAUGAGGACAUAAGGUUAACAAAACUUUGUUUGGUGAGAAAGCUGUAGUCGUGAUAAGCUGGUAUUUGCGACGUUAGGUACGAUGCAGUGUCAAAUAUAAUGCGUUAUUGACACGCAAAAUUUUCCAAUAGUUUCUGUAGGUAAUGUAGCGUGAACAGACAGUGAUAUGGAGAUAAUCUUCCUCAAUACUUAGAUCAUGAAUGUUACUGAAUCAGUUGGUUAUGUAAAACUGUUUCGAAAUAAUGUACUGUUUCGAUGUAUUUAGCAUCAUAUAAUGGUGCCCUCAAAAUAAUAUAAGUGAGACAGUGUUAUGAAGAUAAAGUUUUGGUACUUUUAGCUGACGUUGGCCAAGUCCGUGUGCUACAAUAUGCCGUUAUUCAAUGUUUUACAAAAGACGCUGGACAUCUCUUCAACAGAAUGAAGGGUUUCAAAGUAUCUGACGCUAAGCGUACCAGGAGAGUGGGUGUUGCUUGCUGCUCUUUAGACGAGCUGAAGAAGAAAGGUCGGCUGAAGUUAAACAUUGAUGAGGAUGUGACAGUCCAGCUAGAAGAUGGUACAAUUGUUGAUGAUGAAGACUUCUUUCAGACCGUUAAGGAGCAGUCACUUCUUAUUUUACUUAAAGACGGAGAAGAUGCCAUUACAGGGGCAGAGCUACUGUACAGUGCAUUGAAGAUGGUAAAUAUUGAGUUAUUACAAGUAGGUGACUUAGCAGAGCAGUUCUUGUCAGAAAACCUUAAGGAAAAAAUGCAUAUCCUGACAUCAGCUGUCGAAAAAGCCAGAAAAAUGAAGACCGCAAAAGAACGAAAGGAGAAAGUGGUGAAAAGUCAUCGAAAAGAUGACCCUGAUUGGUUCGUAGGUAUCGAUACAAAUGCUGAUACAAAAGAGAAGUUCUUAUUUCAGCGUUCUCAGGAUCGAAUUAGAGGUUACUUUUACAAAACUCAGACUGCAAUUCAGAAAUCUGAAAUUUAUAAAAGAAAUAAAGUAGCACGGUCAAAAUUAAUUGAUGCUUGUACAAGUCUUACAAAUUACUUGAAGCAAAGACAGUACUUUGGAAGCUACUUUGAUAGAACUGCUGAAUCAACUCGUCUCUGUACAACAUUUGGUGACUUCCAAUGUCAAGGGUUGUUUUAUUCACCUUGUUGCUCCUACAGUCAUGUUAUUAACCCUUAUGAGAGCCGAGAAGCAAGAAUUAUGUUUUCAACAUGGAAUCUUGAUCACAGAUCUAUUGCAGUAUUUCAGUUAAAAAAAAAAACAGUGCUAUUACAUCCUCUUCAUGGAUCGAGGACAAACAACCGUUUUAUAUGAUUGCUCAGUUUUAUUCAACUCAGAUGAUAAAACAUAUCAACAGGCCUCAAUGGUGGAGACACAAAAAGAGGUAAAUGAAAUUGUAUGUAAAUCUGGAUACAAGCCAUUCUUACUUGAAUCAAGCUGUAAGGAAUCUAAUAGUAACAUCACAACAUCUCAACAGGCAUACGAAAAGUGGACAACAGGUCACAAAAAAAAAUUCCCUUUGAGGAACUCGUACGUGUAGUAAAAAAUAAUUUGACUGUACCAAUUAAUAUAGUAAUAGAAAUUUUUAUGUGGAGAUCCAAUAUAACACUUCGUACACUUAAUGAUAGAUUGUUAGCGAAUGUCAUUAAACACAUU